GGAGGCUCCACCGCCACCAGGCAGAAAGACCUCCAUCCUCCCAGAGAGCAUGGGGUACCCCGAUGUCCAGCUUCUGCUGGGACUGCUAUGGACACUAGGGGGGAGCCCAGGGGCAGGAUCGAAGUGUCCCUCUUGUGGGGGACCCACCCUGACGCCCCAAGUGGAACGAAGUCUGAUCCUGGAACUAGCCAAACAGCAGAUCCUGGAGGGGCUGCACCUGCCCAGUCGCCCCCAAAUCACUCGCCCCCCGCCCCCAGCAGCAUUGAGCAGAGCCCUGCGCAGGCUGCAACCGGGGGGCGCGGUGCCCACGAGCAGGGAGGAGCUUAUCAGCUUUGCUGAGCUUACAGAUUCCGAGCCCGCAGCUUGCAACUCCGUGCUCACUUUCCGCCUGUCGCCUUCUCGGGCCCGCCUGCUCCGCGCCCGCCUCUGGCUGCAUGUGGGCCCCCCCAAGAAAGGCACUUUCCGCUUGAGGCUUUACCGAUGGGACCCCGAGAGGAGCCACCCGGGGUUCGAGGUCCUGCUGGCCGAGCAUCAAAUGCACAGCUCGGGGUGGCAAGCCCUGACACUACCUCCUAGUGGCCUGAGAACUGAGGCGUCCGGGGUCCUGAAACUCCAAGUGAACUGCAGCCUCGAAGCAGGCAACCGCACCUCCACUCCGCAGCUCCUGGACCCUGCGGGAGAGCAGAGACCUUUCCUGGAGCUCAAGAUCCGAUCCAGGGAGCCUGGGACAGGUCGAACCCGGAGGAGGACCCCCACCUGUGAGCCCGAGGCCCCCUUAUGUUGCAGGCGAGACCAUUACGUGGACUUCCAGGAACUCGGCUGGCGGGACUGGAUCCUGCAGCCGGAGGGUUACCAGCUAAAUUAUUGCAGCGGGUCGUGUCCACCCCACUUGGCUGGCAGCCCGGGCAUCGCUGCCUCCUUCCAUUCUGCCGUCUUCAAUCUCCUCAAGGCCAACAACCCUUGGCCCAUGGGUGUCUCCUGCUGUGUCCCCACUGCCAGGAGGCCCCUCUCUAUUCUCUACCUGGACCGCGAUGGCAAUGUGGUCAAGACAGAUGUGCCUGAUAUGGUGGUGGAGGCCUGUGGCUGCAGCUAGCAAGAGGCCCUGGGUGAAAGGACUUAAGAGGUUAAGUUGGGGCAUCCCAGGAAAAGGGAAUCUGAGGCCUCAGUUUUCUGGUGUGCACCUGCUCCAUGAUGCAGGUGGACUCCUAGGGGACCCAAAGGGGGCAUGUUCUUACUCCUUCUCUGGCCUAUUCCAGUUGAUAGAUGUGGGGA